AUGGCGUACGAACUACCUUUCAAGCUUAGUCGCCCUGAUCUGUUAAUUACGGACUCCUACAUCGCAGGUCAAACAAAAAACGCACAGUCAGGUGCAACCUUUGACGUCCUGGUCCCAGAUCCCGGAACGAACAAACCCUGGGCAAAAGUAACAAACAAUUCGGCAGACGACGUAGACCUCACCGUGCAGGUCGCGUACGAUGCCUUCCAAACUUUCAAGAAGACAUCCCCAAGAGCACGCGCACAGUGGCUUUUGAAAUGGGACGCCCUUAUCCGCGAGCACAAGGCUGAUUUGGCCACACUGCUUGUCUAUGAAACGGGCAAACCUUACACUGAAGCCAUUGGAGAGAUGGACUAUUCUUUGACCUUCACUGCCUGGUUUGCUGGCGAGGCAGAGCGUAUCCAGGGAACAUGCUUCGCUCCAUCUGCUCCAGAUAGACGGGUUUUAACUAUCAAACAGCCACUUGGUGUCGCUGUAGCCCUUGUUCCCUGGAACUUCCCCGUUGCAAUGGUUUUGCGAAAGGCUGCAGCAGCAUUGGCGGCGGGGUGUACUAUGGUGGUGAAGCCGUCGCCAGAAACACCAGUGACUGCCAUGGCCCUGGCAAAGUUAGCUACCGAGGCUGGAUUUCCAGAUGGUGUUUUGAACAUCUUGCCUACUAGCUUGGAUAACACACCGUCACUGAGCGAGGCGCUUUGUAAGCAUGACCUUGUAAAAAAGGUCACUUUCACUGGAUCAACGCGCGUCGGGACUUUAGUUGCGAAUCUCUGCAGUUUGGGUCUGAAGAAAGUGGUGCUUGAACUUGGAGGCAACUGUCCCUGUCUAAUCUUCGACGACGCCGACAUAGAAGCAGCCCUACGUGAAAUCGUGGGCCUCAAGUGGCGUCAUGCUGGUCAAGCCUGUGUUACAGUAAACCGCUUCCUUGUCCAAUCAGCCGUGUACGACAAGUUUCUGCAACGCUUUGCGGAAGAAACAGCAAAGUAUGUCGUCGGCCAUGGUGCUUCUGAAGGAACCACUCUCGGACCAGUAACAAAGCCUGAUAGCCUGGACCGGGCUGAACGCCUCAUCAAAGACGCCGUUUCAAAAGGUGCCCGUAUCGUGACGGGUGGGAAUCGUCUUUCUCCCAAGGGCGGCGAAGAGGGGUACUUUUUUGAACCAACCAUCUUGGCAGACAUGACUCAUGAUACUCUCAUUUCUUGCGAAGAGUGCUUUGCGCCCAUCGCUGCAUUCUAUAAGUUCGAGACAGAAGAGGAAGCCGUCCUGGUGGCUAAUGAUACGCCGAUGGGUUUGGCCAGCUAUGCUUUCACUAAGAAUGCCGAUCGCAUCUGGAGACUCUUCGAGAAUCUUGAAGCUGGCAUGAUUGCGCUUAAUACCGGAAACUCGUCCGCAGCUGAGUCGCCUUUUGGGGGCAUUAAAAUGUCUGGCUACGGUAAGGAGGCUGGAAAGGAUGUGGCUGUAAAUGAGUACAUGAUACACAAGACGGGCACGAUCACGGUCGAUGGCUUGGUUUAG